UUAGACCGCUCGCUCGUCUUCCCGUUGCUAAGCUUCCUCGCCGGCGAAUCGAUGGGUGAGCGGAGCAGGAUGGAUUUACCGUCGUCGCAGCUGAUCCCCGGCCUCCCAAACGACGUCGCUAUACAGUGCCUGGCUCGGGUCCCUCGUAUAUACCACCCCAUCCUCUCUCUAGUCUGCAAGUCAUGGAGGUUCACUACGCGUUCACCUGCGCUCUUCGCCACUCGAUCCCAUCUCCGCACCACCCAGACCUUCCUCUACCUCAACCUCCGCAUCAACUCCGCUUCCCACUGGUUCACUUUCCUCCCCCGCCCCAAUUCCUCCUCCAAUACCACAAACCCUGUUCUUCUCCCGCCCAUCCCUUCAAGGCCCAUCGGCGCCGCUUAUGCGGUUUUGGGUCAUAAAAUCUACGUACUCGGUGGAUCUAUCAACGAUAUUCCUUCCAACCACGUCUGGGUUUUCGAUUGCUGGUUUAAUUGUUGGGAAGUGGGGCCAAGAAUGAAGAUUAGCAGGGAGUUCGCCGCUGCCGGAGUGGUGGGUGGGAGGAUUUACGUCAUGGGUGGCUGCGUUGUUGAUAACUGGGUUCGAUCCAUGAACUGGGCUGAGGUUUUUGACCCGGUUUCCGGGUCGUGGUCAGCUUUGCCUAGCCAGAUUGAGGUCCGGGACAAAUGGAUGCAUGCCAGCACAGUAAUGGAUGGUAGAGUGUAUGCAAUGGCGGAUAGGGGCGGGGUGGUGUACGAUGUGGCUGGGCACUGGGGGACUGUCCCAAAGCGGUUAGAUUUGGGGUGGAGGGGGCGGGCCGCGGUGGUGGGUGGGGUGCUGUAUUGUUAUGAUUAUUUGGGCAAAAUUAGGGGAUAUGAUGUGAAACAAGAUGUGUGGAAGGAGCUCAAGGGAGUGGAGAAUAGGUUGCCAAGGUUCUUGUGUGGUGCAACGAUGGUGAACUUUGAUGAGAGAUUGUGUGUGGUGUGGGAAGGCAAGGGUAGCAGUAAGGAGGUUCAGAUAAUGUGUGCAGAGAUUGAGGUUAGGAAGGAUGAAAAUGGGGAUUUAAGUGGGACCCUUAUAUGGUCCGACGCAAUUCAUGUUGUUCCAAAUGGUGCCUCCAUCGUGCAUUGUAUGGCUGUUGACAUUUGAUAUUGUCAUCUCUACUUCACCACUUCACCCAUGCUGUAUGAAUCAAUCAAUUGCAUCUGUAAGACACCAUGCAGAGUCAUGGGGUGUGAAGCUUGUACCUUGCGCAGAUGGUAAAAUUAUUCAAAUUGUGAAAGAUGUCUGUGCAAGGAUAUUUCUUCAGCAGUGCGAGUGCAAGUGCGUGCCCUCGAGGAGAAUGGUAUAUCACCUGCCUCCCCUCCCCUCAAAAGGCAAAAGGUUCAAGGCUUUUGCUCCCUUCCCUUCUUAAAUGAAGCAGUAUGGUGAUACCUUUCUUUAGUUAUGUUAAUGCGGGCAGGUAGCGAGGCCUAUUCUGUCAAUAAUUUUUUUAUGACACCUAAACUCUUUUCAUAUCUGUUUCUAUUUUGAUUGUACAAGAGUUAUCAGGAGAUAACAUUCCCCACUAUCUAUAUGAUAAACUGUUGAAAUGUAUUUUAGUCUUUGUUUCAUUAAUUGGAAUUCAUAUCCUUCAAGCCA